GUGUUUUUUAAUGUGUAUUCACCAUCUGGUAAGCGUUAUAAAAGUGUUUGGCUUAUCAGGUUUAGAUAAACCGGUCACGAAAUACUUAAGGGGAAGUUCGGUCCGUAGAUGAAUCUCAUUCAGUCCGGAGAAAGCAUCUCGACCAUGACGUUUAAGUUGCGCUUGUCGUCGAUCUUCGACAACCCCGACUGCCUGUUGGGUCGCCGAAUUCGCCACCAGUUUCUGGUGACCUUGCUGGUGAACAUAGCCACCUUCUCGCAUGGCCUGGGUGUGGGUUGGAUGUCGCCGGUGAUGCGGGACAUCCAGACAGACGACUCCCCCCUCAAUUUUCCCGUGCUGGUGGACCAGGUGUCCUGGAUAGGAUCCCUCGUGGGAAUCGGCAGCGUGAUGGGCAACCUGCUGGCGGGAUUCCUGCAGGAUCGCAUCGGUCGCAAGCUGAUGUUGUUGUUCAUCGCCAUUCCGUACACGAUCUUUUGGUGCCUGGUGUUCUUUGUCCAGAGCGUGGAGUUCCUCUACGUGGGCCGACUGAUGGCCGGAAUGACCGGUGGCGCCUGUUACGUCGUCCUGCCGACCUUCAUCAGCGAGAUUGCGGACACCAAUGUGCGCGGUCGUCUCGGGUCCAUUAUCUUGCUGUCGGUGAACACGGGUGUUUUGGCGGGCUAUAUUGUGUCCACAAGCGUGGAUUACUUUACAUCCCCGCCGUUCAUCAUCGCCCUGCCCGUCUGCUACUUCAUCUGCACCUUCAUGUUCCCGGAGACCCCGCAUCACCUAAUUCGCAAGGGCAAGUUCGAGGCGGCCAAGAAGUCGUUCAUGUUCUACAAGAACAUCCGGAGGGACGACAUCAAGGCUGAGAGCGAGUUCGAGGAGCUGAAGUUCCUCGUGAACAAUUAUCAGGCGGAGAAGGACAAGUCCUUCGACUACAGGGAUUUUAUAACGAAACCUGCAUUCAAGGCCUAUGCCUCCGCCGCUGUCCUGCUCAUUUGCAACCAGUUCAGCGCCAGUUUCUGUAUAACUACCUACUUGUCGGACGUCUUUGCGGCUUCCUACACAAACCUGAACCUGGGCAUGUGCACCAUUCUCAUAGGGGCUAUCCAGAUCGUGGGGAACUACGUGGCCACCCUGCUGUGCGAUAACUACGGCCGGAGGGUCCUCAUCCUGACCUCCGCUUCGGGAGCCUCCGUUUGCCUCCUGGCCUUCGGCACCUUCACGUUCUUCGCCAAGGAUCUCAAGGCUGAGGAUCUCUCCGUGGUUGGCUGGCUGCCCCUCGUGAUCCUAUCCUUCUUCGUGUUCCUCUGCAACAUCGGCAUGGUGGGAUGUCUUUUUGUGCUGCUGGUGGAGCUGUUUCCAUCCAAGAUCCGAUCGGUGGCAGUCUCCACCUUCGUGGUCAUCCUGAGCAGCACCGUCUUCCUCACCCUGAAGAUCUUCCCCAUCUGCAUGGCCGUCUGGGGCAUUUCGGUCACCAUGUGGAGCUGCAGCGGCAUCACGUUCCUGUGCUUUCUCUACUUUUGCUUCUUUCUGGAAGAGACCAAAGGCAAAUCGCUCCUGUAGGCUUAGUCUGUUUGCUGGAGAGAUAAUGGUAUAUAUCACCGGGCGAUUAGCCUAAGCCAGUGGCUAUCUUUACGGCCAGAUGGCGGCUGGCCGGAUACUUAAGCCGAUUUCCCGGCGGCGCGCCCUUUCAGUGAUCAGAGUAACUUGUGCGAUGCAAGACUGAAUAAAGAUCGGUGGUAUUUUUUUA